AUAAUCAAAACUGAAAAUGGAUUUCAAAACUACCAUCAACAUCCUUAAGCUCUUUCUCUCUACUGCUUUCUUUCUCUCUUUAACCACCGCUUCUUCUUCAAAAAUAUUCACAUCUUCCACUUCAAACAUAACUGCAAUUUUCGGUUUCGGAGACUCAACAAUUGAUACAGGCAAUAACAACUAUAUACCCACAGAUACUCGCUCUAAUUAUCCACCAUAUGGCAGAGAUUUUCCUUUCCGUAUCCCUACGGGAAGAUUCAGUAAUGGGAAACUACCAAUUGAUCUGAUAACAGCUUCUUUAGGCCUCAAAAGGCUCUUGCCACCUUAUCUUAAACCUUUACUUACUAGUUUUGAGUUACCAACUGGAGCCAGUUUUGGUUCAGCCGGUUCAGGAUUAGACCCUUUAACAUCACAAGCUGCUAAUGUUCUCAGCAUGCCUGACCAGAUAAGUUUGUUUGAUCAAGCAUUGUCAAGAAUAAGAAGAUUAAAAGGUCAAGAAAGGGCUGAGUUCAUAGUGAAAAAUGCUUUGUUUUUCUUUAGUAUCGGUACUAAUGACUUCACUAACUACUAUAAUACACGUCAAAGAGCAGAUGAGUUUAAUAUUUCAGGUUACCAAGAUUUUAUACUCAAAAGAUAUGAAGAUGCCAUUCGGAGCUUGUAUAAUAGAGGAGCCCGGAGAUUCGCGGUCACUGGCCUGUGGCCUGUCGGGUGCCUGCCAAUACAAAUUACAAUUAACAACAUAACAAACCCACGCAGGUGUGUCGAGGCACAGAACAUUGAUAGCAUUGCCUAUAAUGUAAAGCUCCGAGAAUUAGCCACAGCACUGGAAAUCCAACUCCAAGGUUCCAGGAUUGCCUUCUAUGAACAAUAUGCUUCAAUAUUGGAUAUGAUCAAUAACCCAGCAACGCAUGGAUUUGAGGAAACCCUUAGAGGUUGCUGCGGGACGGGCCUCUUUGAAUUCGGAACUACAUGUACUCCGACUACACCAACAUGCCCUGAUGCCUCGAAAUUUUUAUUCUGGGAUGCUGUACACCCAACUCUAGCAGCAUAUAUAUUUCUGGCCAAUAUGGCUUUAGAUACUGUAAUUCCAGAUGUUGCUGCUUAAUUUUUCAGGAACCAAUGGAAGAAUGGUAGCUAAGUGCACCUUUUUUUCCUUAAUUAUCAACAUUAAGCUUAUCUAAUACCGGAUAUAAUACCGGAUAUCAAAGCAUGUAAAAAAUAAAUGGAUACAAGUAUAAUAAGGAAUAUAACUUUGCGCCUGUAAUUCUGUAUGUUAUAUAUAUAUUAUAUAACAAUGAUGGCAAUUCAAGUA